CAGCUCUAGGACUUGUCAAUGUCAAAUUUGACAAUAAAUCCAAGCGAAGCAAAGAAGCGAUUUCAUUUUAUGUAGUUAUUUUUUGCAAUUUUAGUAAAUUAAAUAGAAAAAUGGAGACUGCUAUACCUAACUCGUACGGGGAAUGUCGAUGUUGCUUGUCCAAAGGCCACCACAAGGACAUAAUGAAGGAAUACUAUACUAACGGUGUUCGAGAGAUUUAUUACAAUAUGUUCAUGGAAUGCUUUAAUUUAUACAUGUCAACCACAGGCUCCAUCAGCUCACUUAUAUGCUCGUCCUGCGUGCACCGUCUCCGAGAUGCAAGCAGCUUCCGAGCCAUGGUGGUCAGUACAGAGAGGCAGCUGGUGCUUGCUGCCAGUCAGGAGACUGUCUUUGUUAACGUGGGUGAACAUACUGAUACCGAAGUGGAUAUAAAGCUCGAAACACACGUUAAAGAAGAAGCCAGUGACCACGAUCGAGACUACGAUUCAGAUGUACCACUUAUCAACCAUUCGCAACAUCAGCCUGAGUUACCCGAGCUGGCGUCCGACGAAGCCAAGUUGAUCGCCCGGUUCCCUCGUGGCUCGCUCCGGGCGUUACCUACGAGGGACUCCCUCUACACCUCGCUCACUGCUUAUGUUCGACAUCUAGAUCAGCUGCGGGGAAAGUUGAUACUCCCAAGAAUGCUCACGAAACUCCUCGACCAACCGGAAUUCAGAAAGACGAAAGUUCGAAAAACCUAUAUCACCGAGAAAUAUGCUCAUAUCAUCAAUGCGUCAACGAUUCUUGAGUGUUCCAAUGUAACCCCUUUUAAAAGCAAAAGCCGAUCUGGAUUCCCUUGCUUUUACUGUAGAAAUAUAUUUGAUAAUUUAGACCAAUUAAAAGACCAUCAAAGUAAUGAACAUAAAAAGAGUGAAGCAAAGAAAAUCUUAAGCACGUAUGGAGCAGAAAGCUUAGUUGUAUAUGUGGAUGUGACAGAUUUAAAAUGUUCAAUUUGCCAAGCGAGCAUACCUAAUUUAAACGAGUUAAAAUCACAUCUAACUAAAACUCACGGGAAGAAACUGCACUUAGAAUUUACUGAUAGAAUUAUACCUUUCAAAUUAUCUGAAAAUAAUGUUUACGAGUGCCAACUUUGUGGGUUCAGUUUUGAGACUUUCGGGUCGAUAGAAAGACAUAUGAACACGCAUUUUAGAAACUACGUUUGCAAAGAUUGUGGCACAGGUUUUGUAACUAAAUAUAGAUUGAAAGUACAUAUAAAAAGCAUGCAUGUCGGUGGCAGUUUUCCUUGUGAGAUUUGCAAGAAAGUUUAUACAACGCAGCAGAAAUAUAAGAAUCAUGUUGAUACUGUACAUAAGUUGGUCAAAAGAUUUAAAUGUCCUAAGUGUCCUGAGAGAUUUUCGGAAUAUUUCCGACGGCAGAAACAUUUAGUACAAAUACAUAAUGUCGCCCCACUACAAUACAAGUGUAAUGUUUGUGAUAAAAGUUUUGAUAGACGCUACACUUUAUCCAGACAUAUGAAAAGAGAUCAUUUAGAAGAGAGAGACUACCAAUGCCAAUUAUGCUCGUAUAAAUGCUUCACAAACAAUGAACUGACCGUCCAUAUGAUAAAACACAAUGGUGAGAGAAUCUUCGAAUGUGCUGUUUGUAAAAAAUCUUACGCUAGGAAGAAAACACUCAAAGAACAUAUGCGUAUACAUAAUAAUGACCGCAGAUUCGCUUGUGCGGUGUGUGGACAGGCCUUUGUACAGAAAUGCAGCCUUAAGGGGCAUAUAAAGACUCAUCACGUUGAAUAUAGUUUGCAAUCAUUAGAGUAGCCGUCGUUGUGUUUCGGUGUUUCGAAUUAUAAUGACGGGCACAGUCAGGGCAUUCAAUAUCGUACUAUUCUCGAUACCGGUAUCGAGACCCCAAAUUGACCUUCAAUACCGGAUUUAAUACCGGUAUUAAAAAUGUCCAUUCAAAACUUGUAUCUCUUUUUACCUUAUUUUGUUUUAUAUAGUCAAUGGAAACAGUCCGUUGCUAAUGUUUUGUUACACAUACUACAAAAUUUAAUAACACAAUAAAAACAUUUUCUGUACCAA